GUUUUCUUUGUCGUUUCUUUUAUUAUAUAUAGUUUUUUUUUUUCUUUUUUUUUUUCUGGUCCUGCAACACUUGAGCAGCUCAUCUGGCAGUGCAACUGUUAAAGCAUGCACGAUGAGCUGCCUGCAUCUCCACCCGUAGCCUCCAGACACCACACCUCCUCCUCCUCCUCCUGCUCCUCCUCCUCCUCCCAGGUUCCUGUCAAUUACUCUCACGCACUGCUUCAGGUUUCACAUUUCAGGCUUCUCUCGGCGUGUGAGUGCCUCCGAGGCGGUGGUGUUGUGAUGUGUCGCCGGCUGUAGCAGCAACAGCAGCAGCAGCAGCAGCAUGUGGAGGGUGACCCUAGUUUUGUGGCAGCUCUCGGCCUUCGCCUGGACGCCGGCUGCUCAGGGCGAAGACGCCGCCGAGGCCAUCACUCCUCAGGACUGCAGCCUGGACUGCAUCCGCCAGGGAGGAGCUGCGUGCGAAUACUGCAGAAUCACCAGAACGGAGCUCAGGAAGACUCUGGGUUUGAACUCCCCGGAAAAGUUUGGAAGUUGUAUUCCGUGGCCGUGCCUCGAGCUGCUGGGAGGCGAAGACCCGAAGAUCUGUCAGCACUACGUUCAGGCACCAAACGAGGUCACGGUCGAAUUCGUGCACGAGCCGAACCCCGAGUCCGACACCGUCGUCGUCUCUUGGAAGCCCAGCUAUUACGGCAUCGCCUUCCUGCGAGGCUUUCAGGUGUCCCUCCAGGCCCUGGGAGGAUCCAGCAGCGCCUGUCAGCUCUUCCUCUUCCGCCGAAACCUCUCUCUGCCGGCGUCACAUGCUCAGAGGGUUUACAGGUCGGAUCCCUUCCCCGGCCUCGCCCUCGGGUCCCAGUACGCCGUCACAGUCAUGGCUCUGCCGGUGCCUGAGGAGUGGGAGAAGUUCUACCACAGCGAGAUCAUCUCCACGCGCUCUUGUGCAGAGAAGAACGGUCUUGAAAAGUGCAAAAAAGACUGGUACCCGAGACACAUCGAGGUCCAGCAGAACGGAACCACCGUCACCGUCACCUUCAACCUGGCUCCUCCAGACCUGGGCAUCAGGAGCUACUUCUCGCUCUGUUACGCAAACGGCCUGAAGAAAUACACCGACAUAAAACCUAACUCCAGCAAAAACAAAACUCACCACAGCUAUGAGCUGAAAGACCUCGAAGGAGGAACCAACUACACCUGUGAGAUCGCAGCCAACGAGAUGGAUGCAGUGAGGAAAAUGUUUAAUAUCCAAGUCCCGGACAUUCGGGGAGACGGAGCCUCGGCCGACUCCCACAAACCCUCCUUGGCUUUGCUGCUCCCGCUGUGCAUCGCCAUGGUGACGGUGCUCGGAGUCGGGCUGGUUGCUCUGGCCAGGAGGAAGCCCAAGUCGUACAUGAAGACGCUGCAGAUUAAACCAGAUAUCAUCAAGCAGCACGAGGAGAGCGGCGCUCCGGAGGAAGUGGUGUCACUGCAGAGCAACAGGCCGACGCCCCCUCGUCUUCUGAUCUGCUACAGCGGCCGCGACGGCGCCGCUCACGUCAGGGUCGUCAUGCAGUUAGGAGCCUUCAUCCAGCAGCACAUGGCCACUCAGGUGUUGCUGGACCUGUGGGACUCUCUGAGCGUUUCUGAGGAGGGCAGCAUGGCGUGGUACUCCCGGCAGAUCCAGGAAAGCGACUUCAUCUUGGUGGUUUGUUCCCGAGGCCUGAACCGUAAAACCGAGCCUCCAAAGACGGAGUGGGGGGAUGAAGACGAGGAAGAGGAGGAGGAGGAGGAGGUAGGCACAGGUCUGGACUACAGCAUCUACAGCUCCGACACAGCGGUUCAGCUCGUAAGAGAGGAGGUGGUCCGAGCCAAGGCGAGGGGCCAGGACUUGUCCAAAUACAUGGCGGCUGUUUUCGUGUACUCGGAGGAGACGGACGUCCCCGCCGAGCUGAGGCUGGCGUCCCACUACGCGCUGCCGAGGGACUUCCCGCUGCUCUUCUCCCACCUCCACGGGGUGUCGCUGCACCGGCCCGGGAGCUACCUGAAGAUAAACCACAUCUCGGAGGAGGGCUUCGCCAAGCUGGCGUCCGGCGCCGCCCUGCAGUCGGCCAUCUACGAGGCCGGGGCGGAGAUGAAGGCAAAAAGGCAAAGAGGGGAGGGGGCUAAGCAGUGAAAAAUCUGAACACAUCUCACGAAAAAUGAUAGUUUUUUCAACCCCCGAGUAGUUUGGCCUGCAAACAGAGUGAAACCGAGCUGAAGGGUGAGGCACUGACUAUGCACUAAGACGCCCAAAACGUGUGAACCCGCUACAUGUACGCUGCGUAUACGAGCGUACGAGAAGGAUUUGUAAAAAAAAUAAAUAAAAAAAUAUGCCAGAAAUACUUUUUUUAUAUAGUUCACAAAUAGUUUUUUUUUUGCAUUGUCAUGUAAAAUACAUUCAAUGAAAUAAAAUAACGAGUUUUUAUGUAAGCACUGUAAUAAUCUCAUAUCCUCUUAGUUAUUCUGUGAGAACGUUCAUGUUGAAGUACAUAUAAAAUGUUAUUUACAUACGUUACCGUCGUCCUCUUUAUAUUUAUUUCUGUGCUUAUCUCAUAGAAGAAUGGACUCUUAGGUCCUGUUAUGCUGACGUGUGGUACUUGCACAAUAAAGACUGGUUUAGUAUUUUACAAACACUUUGUAACUUGUAUAUUUUUUCCUUGUGAACAUAACUGUUGAAUAAAGCGAUAUCAAAGCAAUAAA